CAACAGUUUGUCAACAACAAAUUAAGCGUACCAUAAUAUUGUAAAGCAUUAAAAUGGCAAGUUCUGAAUCAUGUCCUGUCGAAUCUGAUAAGACGGAACAGGAAAUUAAAUCUCCCAGUGUAGAAUGCUCACCCAAAAAAGAUGUUGUUGCAGGUCUUACCACGUUAUCGACAAGUACGAGCAGCUAUGAACCGCUAGAAACGCAUGAUCCCACAUUGAAUCGAUUGGCAGUCACCAUGUUCCAAAAAGUUCACGAGUACCUGCAAGCAGAACUGACAUCUUCAGAGAGUGAAUAUCAAUUACUAGAGCAGAUGAACAAAGUAACAGCCGACAAGUACAGAGAUCUGACCCAAGUGGCCGCUAAUGUGGGAAAAGGAAUCAUAGAGCUUAAUGCAAAAUUCAAGAGUCUUGAAGUUUACCUAGAACAAAUUGAUCAAAUUGAGGAUAAUAUCUCCAAACUUGAGCAUGCAGCGUACAAACUUGAUGCUUACACAGUCAGGCUCGAAAAUAAAUUCAAAGCUUUGACAGCUGAGAAACGAUAGCAAUGUACAUACACGCUGUCUUGGCCAUGAAUGCAAAGUGAUUGAAUAAUACAUGUAUCUGUCUAAUA